AUGCCUCUAAUGAGUAUUCCCAGUAAUAGUAGUGAAAGGUAGGUGGCUGCUCCCCCCCCCCGCACGAGGAAAGGGAGGGAGGGGUUAACGUCACCUGAGGUACCUACCGCCUCUGGUACUAAAUCCCCCCUCCCCCAACCCGGCCUGUCAUUCUAUCCUGUCAGCCUGAGGCCUAGCUGGCUCCGGUGGGUACCCAGGAGGCAGGCUGUGAUAUACAGGGGCUGGGGGUGGCGGCUGGCCCUGUGGGGAGGUAAACAAGGCCUGAGCCGGGAGCUCCUCCCAAACUGCGGCCUACUAUCUAUGUGAACCUGACCUCUCCCCACUCAAUAUGGCUGUCUUGGCUUCAUUAUUAUUAUUUAUAUAGCGCCCUCAGACUCUUUAGCAAUGCCCUGUAAUAAUACCUCACCCAAAAGGGUAUGUUCACCCUGUGAAAGGUGACUCUCAAUCUAUUAGGGUGAUUAGUCCCCUAAGUAAAUGUUUAUUUUUUUUUAUUACGGGCACUUAUAAAGCGCCAACAUAGUCCACAGCGCUGUACAAUUGGGUGAAAAGACAGUAAAAUAGAAAAAGAUGUGAAAGGUAGAGGGGCCCAGCCUGUGAGCUUACAAUCUAAAGGUUACAUUUUAUUUCAAUUGCAGUCCUGGAACAGCAGGGGGAGAAUAUACAUUUUGCCUUUUGCUCCCCCCCUUUUUUUUCCAGUAUUGUCUACAAAUUUGGUUUAAAUUAUUGGAGCAGUAAAGUCAGGGAGAUACCCAAUGUAAAAGACUGAAUAGUACAGCGCUAUAGAAUCUGAUGGCGCUAUAAAAAUAGUACGUGGCGUUUUUUUUGUUUAAAAUUUGGGAGGUGGCUCCGCCUGUUAAUUGAUAUAUACAUCUAGAUUUUUCUGAGAAAUAAUGAACAGCCGUAUAACUCUAGAUCAAAGUCCAAAUUCAUGGCUUGUUUACCAUACAAACAAGACUUAAAAUCACGGGCGCUGGGCAUUGUCUUACGGAAAUAACUUUUUAGUCUUAAAACUUUUAACUGUUUAACUGCAUAUUCCUAUUUUAUCAAAUUUGCCUUGCUUUUAAAGUGUUGUAAAAACGUGAUUGGAUGCAUAAGGAGCUGGCUUUAUAGUAUACACCAUAGUUUUAUUAAUUUCAGGUCUUGGGUUUAACUUAAACAUGCCUUUCAUACUUGCCUGAGAAGCGUAAAGUCUUAAGUCACUUUCUGUAACUUCGUGAUUAUCUACUUAACAGAUUUAUUUCAUUUAUCUCCAUGUUUUGUAUGGUUAUUUCAUCAGUUAACAAAAUAUUUUCUGGAAUAUUAUUGGUGUUGGGAGGUGGAAACAGUCGUGUGUGGGUUGUUUACACACUGCCUAAGAUGCAAUUUGUGUAGAAAUAGUGCUUUUUAAUAAUGGUAUACAUGUUUUAUGAUAUUGGAAUUUAAUACUUGGAAACUUAAUGUUGGGCAUGUGUAUCAACUACAAACUGUGAUCUGUAAUAAAUAUGGAUGCCCAGGCCAAAUCCUAAAAUGGUUUUGCAAUUGGGACUUACUAAAAAUGGCUGCAGGGUAGACUGACAAGAAUGAGUUUGCACUUUUGCAAUGUAGUAAAUUUAAGGCCUUAAAAGAAAUCUGUUUCAAAUCGAAUUAGGCGGCUUAACCUUCUUUGCCAGUGAUGAAAGUGAAGUUCCGUUUAUAGCUGUAGAUUAGUGUCUGCUAAUGCAAUGCUCACUGUAGUCUACUUUAAUGUUAGUAAUUUUACUAUUCGUGCAGUUUGCUUUCUGAGCAUUUUCUUGGCUUGUUUUGCUUAUGGUUUUGUCGACCUCUAUUUUAAGCAUCAUGCCAGUUGUGCAUUUAUUGGAACGUAAAACAUUGUAGUCUUUGUAACUCGUUUUUCGUGUUGUGUCAAUAUUAACGGAUUAUCUCCAAAUGCUAGUUGUCUAUUUUAUGUAUAGAAAGCAAUAUCUAAAUGAAUCCUCUUUGCUGGCCUUGCAAACCCUUGUGCAUCUGCUGAGAUGACGCAAGAGCGCUGCAGGGUGAGAUGGUGCAUAGGGAGGAGCUAAAUAUUCCUUUGUAGAAUGGAUGGCAGACUCAUGCUUUAUUGCAAAAUACAGGAUUAGGUAUGGCAUGUGUUGAUCAGACUGGUCUGGAAGUAGUUUGAUAUCAAGUAUUCCCUUUUAACUUGUCUUCAGUUCUGAUACCUGUUGUGUUUCUUGGUACACAAGUCUGAAAACAGGUUAGUCCUGGCCAGAGCACUGAUUACAUCGUCACUUGGUCAAUCUAGCAUCUAAUUGAAAGGUGGAAAACAAGGGUUAAAAAAAUGACAGAUCAAUUGAUGGCUGGUGUCUUUCUUUUCAUUGAACAGAACAUAUAAUAUAAACUCCGCAUGUAUAUGUGGCAUAUUGUUAAAUGGCACAACUCUAGUAUCUUCAAUAACCGUUUUAGAUUUAAACUUUUUGUAUCUAUUAAACUUUAUAAUGGGAUCAACCAAUAUUAUUUUUUUGAGCCUAUACCGAUUAUCGGUGGGUUUUCAGUCUAGCUGGUAAUAUUUUGUAGAUUUACAGUUAAAUGUUUUUUUUAUAAAUAUUUCCUUUGAUCUGUAAAAGCGCAAAAUAUACAUGACCAUUGAAUUUUAAUGCCUUCAAGAAUAUUUGUGUAGUGUAUGUGGGGGUGUAAAAUGUCCAGUUUAAAUCUGUGGCUAAUCUAUUCUGCAGGCUAAAUUUUUAUCUUGUAUAAUAGUUUAAAAAUAAAUACAUUUUUCCUUCCUGCCUUUUUAAAUGUGAACAGGCACAUUACACUCCAUAAAAGCUUAUUGCCAAAAUGCAGAGUAUCUGCCAAACAGAUAAACAAUGGAUCUCUACUUUAUAAUGUACUCUUGUGCACUUAUUGCUUUGUCCAUCUAGUUAAAAGCUUUUAAAUAAGCUAAACUUGAAUCCAGUCAAGGUUUGCCUUGUCUGUCAUUAUGGUGUCACUCUGAGGUCCAAUCAAAUUUUUCUCCCAGGUUCAGAGACCAUUGUGCGUUGGAGUAAUACUUUAAUGUCUGUAGAAAAAUCUCCCUAAGUAUAGGUUAAUGGUGUUUUAGGGAUACAAACAAACUGAAAAGGAUUUACUAGCUUUCAAAAUGCCAGGAUGAUUUAUCUGCAUUUGUUACAUAUAUUGUAGACCAGUGUUGAAUAAUGUAACCUGUAUAUGCGUUUUGCACCAUUAUCUCAGGAUGUUUAAAAUUUGACAUAUUGUAAAUGUUUAUCUCAAGUUUCUAAUUGUUUUUUUCCCUUUUUUGUUUUAGUUCCAGAGUUUCUUUCAAUUGCUGUAGUAACCUGGGUCCCGGGCCUCGGUGGUGUUCCUGAUGUCCCUCACCCACCCCUGAAGAUCCCAGGUGGGCGAGGGAAUAAUCAAAGGGAUCACAAUCUUUCAGCUAAUUUAUUUUAUUCUGUAAGUAACCUGAAUUAAUGUUUGCAUUGGUUAGUGUUUGAAAAAAAUUUACAUUGUUCCACCUUGUUCAUAUGCUUUAGUAGGCACCUUACCUUAGAAAAUGUUCUGUGCGAACCAAUUUUGUGACAAAAUUGUUACAAUGUUCAGCAUAGGAGUGGGUACUAUUUGGGGAUAAAAAAAAAUUAACUGUUACAAUGUUGCCAUCUUCUUGUGCAAUACAAAAUCAGCAUCUGCCUUAGUAUAACUGUGAAGCAACCAGCUUUUAGAGUGUACUUGUUAUGGUAAACACAACUUUUUCUCAUUUUAAAAGAACGUUCUAAGCACUGCAAUCACUGCUUGGUGUAGUGUUUAUUCUGCUGCCCCAUUGUAAGCAGUAGAACAGUUUGACUGCCUAUCUGGGGGCAAUGUUCACUGCCACAAACACCAGAGUUGUAAGCCCCUAAGCAGGAACAUCCAUCUCAGGUAUGCACUCUCAGCUACCAUUGCUUUCCAUGUUCCAGGAUUGAGUGAGGGAACAAUCAGGGUGGAUUUGAUUAAAAUCAUAUGUAAAGGGAUACUAUAGAAACUACAGCUUAAUGUAGUUUGUCUAUAACCUGUCCCUGCAGGCUUUUUAAUGUAAACAAUGCCAUAUCUUUGAAAAGGCAGUGUUUACAUUGUCUUAACACCUCUAGUGGUAGUCACUCAGACGGCCACCAGAGGUGCUUCCUGAUUUAAUGAUGCAGUGUGCAGCACUGACGUUUACCAUAUCCAGGCUCUGCGUGGAGAUGUCGAAAACGCCCCAAUAGACUCAGAGCAUCUCUGAGGAGAUGCUGAUUAGCAGUGUUUUGCUGCGCACGUAAAAUAGCCUCCUGACUCUUUCCUAUGGGAAAGCAUUAGAUUGACCCAGUAGUUAUGAUGAUCUGACACUGAGGCGGGGGGAAAAGGUAAGUAAACUCACCUUUUUAAAGUAAAGAGAAGUGAUAAGGACUUAAAUAGUGACUUACCACUAGUGUCGGGUAUACAUGUUUUGUGUGUUCCAUUUAAUAACUAUUCAGUAAGUCUUGAUUUAAAUCAUGAUUUUUUUUUUUAACAGUUUAAUUCUUGCUGGUAGUUAAAAUCUUUACUAUUUGCAUCUAGUUGAAGAUUUAAUAUUUAGUUUGACCUGUCAUAUUGGUAAAUGCUGCUUUAAAUUAUUACAUGCCCACAUUAAACACUUGCUAGAACUUAUUUUUUGUGCCACUAUUAGUGUCUGACUUUUUUCCCCAUGUAGAAUAACUUGAUUCUUAAAUAAAAUUGGUAAAUUUGCUUUAGAUGCACUGGCUCAAUUUUUUUUGUGCAUGUCUAUUUUCAAGUAGCCUAAAAUGCACUAAUUGGAGUUUCCCUUGAGUAAUGGUGAAAUCUGUGAGGAGCUGAAAUGAGCCUGAAUGUUCUGUAAAUGCAGAAUCUUACUUUCUACUGGUUUGAUCUUUGUCGUGGACUUGUAACACCACUUUCACAGUUUAAAGGUAAUAAAUAUAAACCAUGCUAAGGCAGGAAUGCAGUUGGUUAACACCAAACCAAAAUAUUUACUUUAUUCUCUUUUGUAACUUUCAAUGGCAUUUAAAAUAUUCCUACUUUUUGGCUGACAAGUCAACUUAAAGAAAAACAAUGUGCUGACAAAGUCCAGCUAAAACAAUAUAUAGAAGACUUGCAAAUUUUGGUCAGCAUCUUUGGUUUGAGUAUUUCAUUGUACAGUCAUUUAAUACUUCUGCGAAAUAUAAUUAUGCUGUUUCUUGAACAGUAACCUGUUAAUCUACUAAAAUGUUAGAGAAAAUGAUUGGUUUAUAUUACUGUCUAGGGUCACCUCCAGUGGCCACUCCUCAAGUGGCUUCUAUAGGUGCAGCACUGACAUUCAGUGUCUCCACCCUCUGCAUGAAGGCACAGACCUUUCCUCAUGGACUCUAUGUAUCUCUGUCAGGAGAUGCUGUUUGGCUCUUCCCCAUCUGCCUCUUUGGUUGAAAUAAUUAGAAUUAAUAAUCUCCGGCAAUCCAUUGCUUUCUUCAUGCAUCUUGUCACCUUGGGAAAAUGAUUUGCAAAAGUUUAAAAACAAAUCACUUAAUAUAGCGCAUGCUAUUCAAUCUAACUAGUAGUCUUAUUUUAAAAUGCAUAAUACUUUGCAGUGUUUGUGCAGGUAUUCAGAAUACUGUCCUGGUAUCCUUUUAAAUUUGAACAAUGUUGUAUUGUUGGCCUUUAUUUAGGUUGCCUUGGUACAAUAUGCAAUUUUAAUUGGAUUUUAAGAACUGCUGCACUUGACUCCUUUUUAUUUUUGUCUUCAGGAUAAUAGGCUGAGCAUAACAGAGGAGCUUACAUCCAACAACAGGACCAGAGUACUUGAUGUCCAAUCCAGGCUGACAGAUGGCAAGCAAGUCAAUUGGAGGGCUGUGUUAAACAAAAACAACCUCUAUAUUGAAAUUCCACCUGGCACACUCCCUGAUGGGAGCAAAGAUAGGUAUGUACCUCACCUUACAUGUUACUAGAUUAAUGGAUGCCUCAAAAAUCCUAGCUUCUGAAAUUGUUUAGAAUCUUGCCAACAAUAUGAGAGCACCGGCAAUAGUUAAUAGAAAUCCUAUUUUAAAGUGAAUAAUCAUGCCUGUUUCACUUUAACAACCAACUCACUUGUGUGGUGAUUAAUAAACUGAAACAUUUAAAAUAUAUUUUUAAAACCUUUUUUAUUAGUUUAGAAUAUCAGCCCUCACUUUUAAAGUUAUAAAAGCCUAAUUAAACCUACCUGUAAUAGAGCACAGGACAUCUUCCUGUCACCACUCUGCCGCUUAGUGCUUCAGUUGUGGCAUUGGUCAAAUUCUUUUCAUGGAGAAACAUUGGAAUCUGCAAUUGCCAAUCAAAUACUUCUCAUCGAGAAGUAUUGAAUUAGGUGCUCCUCCACAGGAAGCAUGAUAUGUUGGCAUUGGAUUUGAUUCAAAAGGUCUUCUUGUUUAAAUGCCUCUAGUGGCAGGCAGGCAUCACAACAGAAAUGUGUUCUCAGGCAAAUGUAAAAGUUGUCAUUUCUAAUUUUACAUUGUCAGCAAAAAAUGAAUGAGGUCUGUAUGAAAUCUCUAUUAAAGGAAUUCUCAAUUGUACAGUGUUUAAAAAAUUUACUAGAUAUAUUGGUUUGGUAAUUUUUUUUAUAAUAGCAGGCAUGACUUCAUAUGAAACUAGAUUUUUGUUUGUGUCAAAGGGAGUAAAGCAUUUCAUUUCUUUUCCUCACCCAGUUUUGCUGUUCUGUUGGAAUUUUCUGAGGAACAACUCCAAGUGGACCAUGUCUUCAUAUGCUUUCACAAGAGUAGAGAGGAUAGAGGUGAGUGAACGUAACGGUUUUCAGCUUUUCCCAUCUUAUUUCUGCUUUUCCGUUCUGACUAUUAAAGGGGCAGUCCAAGCACAACCCCUCUCUAGCAUGUAGUCAAGACUCCUCUUCAUAUACAGCUUAAGCAGACUUUCAUAAAUCUGCUUUAGAUGGAUAAAUUCAUUUAUUUUGGUCAAAAUUUCUUGAGUUUUGGCUAAGUGUUAACCAAUUCAGUGCAGAGAUGAACAGAAUUGAUAUUAAGAAGUAAAAAUAUUCCUGUAAUAAAUGUGUACACUAUAGUGGUUAUGGUGUUUAGCGUCACUAAAGUUACUUUUGUGCUAUUAAACACCAAAAAUUAAAAUAACGAAUUUCUUUUUUUGGGGGGGUUAAAAUGUCUGGACACUUUCAGGGGGCUCUUUCCUUUAUUUUACAUUGACAAAUUCAGAUAUAACAGACUUAGAAUUCUUUGGCUAUCACUGCUAUGUAACAUAGCAUACCUGUAUGCUAAUAAUUGGGGCAGUGCAUGCCAAAUCAUGUGGGGAUUUUCUAGACACUGGACAUCCUCAAGCAAAGCUGGAUGACAUCCAUCAUUUCAGAGUUAAACUCCGUGAGAAACCAGGAAGUGCCUCUAAUGGCUAUUUGGAAGACUGACUACAGGCAAUCUUAAGUCUGCAAUGUAAUCUUUACAAGCCAUCUCACUUUUGAGGCUUAAACAGUUUUUGCAUGUGUUAACAUGAAGUUUCCCUUGAACACACGUACUGUCUCCUCUUGAGGCUGCAGCAAUCUGGAAGGUUUUGUGUUGGUGGGGAAUAAUUUCUUCCCACUGAGUAACAGUUGGUGGCCAGUGAUCAGCUGAGAGCACUACACUAGAUCAGCAAUCAGUGGCUGCCAAGGCAUAACUUUCCUAAUCUGGCUGAGUAUGAAUGCCUGAAGCCAGCAACUUUGAGUUAAAAUGUUCAAAAUGGUUUAACCCCUGAAGAUGGUGCCAUGUUACUUCAGCCACCGAUAGGGGGCAAGGCUUCAGUGAUGGUUAUGGGAAUGUUCCCUUUUAAAAGCACAAGUUGAGUGAAAGAUUGUCCUAGAGACGUCAUUUUAGUGCAAAACUAACUAUUACAUUUUGUUACAGCGGCACUUCUCCGAACAUUCAGCUUUUUGGGCUUUGAGAUUGUGAGACCUGGGCAUCCCCUUGUCCCUAAGAGACCCGAUGCUUGCUUCAUGGCUUACACUUUUGAAAGAGAUUCAUCUGAUGAAGAUUAG